AUGAAGGCUUUCAAGACCUACUUCGCGCCCGACCAGGCGUCGGGCCAACCCGCUCCCGAAUCGUCGAAGUCGAAUACACUGCAACCGCUUGCACCCCAGCCGAAGCCGCAGGCGGCCCAGAGACCAGCUCCUUACCGGGCACAAAGCGCCAGAACAUCCGCUCGACAGUCGACAGUGAGCUUGGCACUCACUGCUGGUAUGAGGGACAAGCAUGCCAGCAGCAUCAUCGAUCUCAGGGCAGACGUCACUGUACACAGUAUCUAUCAGGAUCAGCUCAGAAAGAUGUAUGCUUCGGCAUGGAACCUGGGGGAGGGUGUUGUUCUUAAGAAGGGCCGUAACGAUUAUGUCUGCGCUCCUCCUCAGCUAUCUACGGUACCAAAUGGGUUCUUCGAUAUGGCGACCCAGCUCAACGUCAGCUGUGCCAUGACGGUCAACACACCUUUCAUUCAGUCCAUCAUUCACGGAAUCCUGAACCGCGGCGAACUCUUGACCUCCAUUCCUCUUGCCGGGGGCUUGCAGCUUCAGGUCCUCCAGAGGAUGACCGAUCUGCCCAGGUGUCAGAAGCAUCACUUUGCAGCCUUUAUUCUCGACCCUCCUGUUCUCACCGUCUGGGAUGACGAUGCCAAUAAACUUCAAGCCCGCGCAGAGAGCCUGGAGCACAUGAUUAUCUCAUACAUCUGGCGCAACGAGGGAGGCGAGGCCGAGGAGAGUGACGAGAAGAACGAGAAGCAGCCCGACAUUAACGUCGAGGAACUCUCGCCUGCUGCGCUUGAAGAGGCCCUCAAGGCUGAGGUACGGCCAGUCCGAUUGACCAGUUGCAUAAUGGUUUCGUUGGGACUUUGCUUGUCUGUGGUAUGUCUGGGACUCGGUUACCGGAACUUGGCCCUACAGUCCACCGUUGACGGCAGCUACGUGCGUUGGGCGCUCGUGGCGGUUACCCCAAUCACGCUUUUCAUCAGUCUUUUCUUCUUCCUGUCUAUUGCCGGAAACGUCUUCCAGAUUUUCGGUCCCAUCUCGUCGGUUCACGCAAACUCCAAGAACUACUCUGGUAAGGCGCCGCGCCGCCUGAGCCCUUAUCGAGGCGAACUACCUCAUGUUACCAUCCAGAUGCCUGUCUACAAGGAGGGUCUGAACGCUGUCAUCAAGCCCACGGUUCUUUCUCUCAAGACUGCCAUCUCCACCUAUGAGAUGCAGGGCGGUUCCGCUAGCAUCUUUGUCAACGACGACGGCAUGCAGCUCAUCAGUGAGGAUGAAGCCUCAGCACGUAGGGAAUUCUACGAGGAGCACAACAUGGGAUGGGUUGCUCGCCCUGGCCACAACCCUAAGCCUGCGGACCCCAGCGUGCAGCCUUUCAUCCGCAGAGGCAGAUUCAAGAAGGCCUCCAACAUGAACUACGCCUUGAUGACUAGUAACAAGGUUGAGGAGAAGCUCAAGCACAUCAACCGCGGAAGCAGAUGGAGUCAGGACAGUGAAGAUCAAGCCUACGAGCAAGCUCUUGCCGAGGUUCUCGACGAGUCUGAGGGCCGAACCUGGGCUGAGGGCAACAUCCGCAUGGGUGACUACAUUCUUCUUAUCGACUCUGAUACCCGUGUUCCGCGUGACUGCUUUUUGGAUGCCGUCAGCGAGAUGGAGGCCUCCCCCGAGGUUGCCAUCAUUCAGUACACUUCCGGUGUCAUGCGGGUUUCCGACUCAUUCUUCGAGAAGGCUGUCACGUGGUUCACGCAGAUGAUUUACACCAUCAUCACCUUCGCCGUCGCCAAUGGCGACAUCUCCCCCUUCGUCGGUCACAACGCUAUCCUCCGCUGGUCUGCUCUCCAAGAUGCUGCUUCCUAUAUGGAGGAUGGCUACGAGAAGUUCUGGUCCGAGUCUCACGUCUCUGAGGAUUUCGAUAUGGCUUUGCGUCUUCAGACCUCGGGUUACACUAUCCGCUACGGUGCUUACACCGGCGAUGGCUUCCAAGAGGGUGUCUCGCUCACUGUCUACGACGAGUUGGCCCGCUGGGAGAAAUAUGCUUACGGAUGUAACGAGCUGCUGUUUCACCCCUUCCGUUUCUGGAUCACUCGUGGCCCCUUCACGCCCCUCUUCAGGCGCUUCAUCUGCUCCAAUAUUGCCUUCUACAGAAAGGUUACGAUUCUGUCCUACAUCGGCACUUACUACGCUAUUGGAGCAUCUUGGAUUCUUACUCUUAUGAACUACUUCCUCACGGGAUGGUUUUGGGGCUACUACGACAAGUACUACCUCGAUUCGUUCGCUAUCUUCUUGUCCAUCAUGGUCGUUUUUCCGCUCACUGGCAACAUCGCCUUGGCUGUGCUCAGGUACAGACUGGGCCAGAAGUCCCUCCUCGGAGCCCUCUGGGAUAACUUCAAGUGGAUGCCCAUCUUCACCAUCUUUCUCGGCGGAAUCUCGCUCCACGUGUCCAAGGCUUUGCUUUGCCACUUCUUCGAGAUUGAUAUCCAGUGGGGCGCCACCUCCAAGGAAGUCGAGAAUUGCAACUUCAUGGAGGAAAUUCCCAAGAUCAUCAAGAGCUUCGCGGGCACGUUUGUCUUCACAGCACUUGGGAUCGCCCUCAUCGUCUGUGGAUACUACGUCUUCCCCCAACAGUGGCAGAUUCGCUGGCUAUCGACAAUCUUCCCUGUGGGGAUGUCCAUCGCUUCGCACUUUUGCCUCCCGGUACUCCUCAACCCGGCUUUGAUGAAGUUCACCUUCUAA